UUUGUAUGAUGAGGAAACAGAUGAGAAUCGAAGGAGGGAAUUAAAUACUAAAAUUGAUGGACUCAAAAGACUUGUCAAUUAUAGAAUGGAUAGAUUUAGGGCACUUGAGUUUGAAGGAAUUGCUAGAGAUAAAGAGGCAGAAGAUGAACCUUACAGGCCCCCACCUCUACCAACGUACACAGACAUACACCCUCCAGCAACACCAUCAACCCCUACAUCAAUGACUACUCAUCAACCUUCUUCUUUAAAGUCUCUACCUGGUUAUACCUCUCCAACAAAAUCUGUUUCACAAGAUCAUCAAAAAGGAGAUAUUUCAGAAAAACACCCUCUUCCACCUGUUAUAAUCGAGCCUCCCAAAUCUACAGAUAUUUCAAAACCUUCACCGAUCCCUGAAACAACAACUCCUGUUCAACCUUCACAACCUGAACCAGCUAC